GGAACAGGUUUGACACCAUUGGAAGAGGGGUCUCACUCAGGACAUCCAAUAGCACACUGGAGUCUGAGCGAAUGACUGUAUCCCCCCAAACUUUUAAUAGGGGGGACCCUGGUGGAGGGCGAGCAGUGGCCAUUGUUGAACCCACCUCUUCAGUGUCUACGGGCUUUCUGAGAUCAGCUCAGGACUCCAGUAGGCCUACUAGCAGACACUGUAAUGCUGAGGACUCUGUGGGAGUGGGAUCCGCAGAGCACACCACAGUCAAACAGAAGCGUUUCUCCUCCCCACUUAAAGAGAAGCAGUUUUCCUGUCCUAUGUGUGCUCUGGUCUGCACAGAUGCCUUCAUCCUACAGGAACAUGUUGAAUUGCACUUGCUAGAAGAGAGCCCAGCUGAAGAGGCUGUCCUGGGGGCCACAUCAUCAACCGAGGCAGCAUCAUCCAGCAACAGCUCAGGUGGGAAGAGUUAUGAGUGUCCCCUGUGUUCUGUGGUGUGUGGAGACUGCUACUCCCUACAGGAACAUGUGGAGCUGCAUCUUGACUAUGGCACAGUCACUAGUGCAGGUAUGGCUUGAUUUAAACAAUCAUAUGUGAUGGGAACACAGGUUUA